CCGGACCUAAUUAUCCAGCAGCGUAGUUUGUUUCUGCCCAUUAUAGUUAAUUAGCUACUUAACUAGUGACUAAUGGGACGCCAGUUAACAGAUACCAGUUAGCUGGCGCAUUAAUGGACCCACUUAGUGAUAUGAGUGAUGUGGUGAUGACGUCAUGCAACAACAACAACAUCAAUGAUAACAACAACAUCAUUAGUGAUAACAAAGUAUGAUGCUGCAGCAACAUGACAACAGCAACAACAACUGCAGAUGGUGUUUUGCCUUCACGUUUGCUGUGGCCAAGAUCUCCCUCUGCCUUCCCCUCGAGCUGGUCUAAGAGGUGCAAGGGCUUAGCAAUACCCAGCCCCCAGCCACCUGCCCGAGAAAACAACUUUUCCUCCUUCAACAAACGGAGAAGAAGGAAAAGAACAACAUUCAGAGAACGGGUCUUUGUCACAUCGGCCCGUUACUUCCGUGAGGGGAAACGUUUUGUUGAGGGUGGUAUCAUCAUCCCCAAACACGGCGUUGAUAUUGACCCGUUUGUUGUUAAUCCGAGGGUCGUGUUGACGCAAUGUCAGCGUCGCAUCAACAGCAGCAACAACAACACCUACAACAGCAGCAACCAAUUUUUGAUCAGUUCGUCUUGGGUGAUUCCUUCGUUAAAAAUAACAACAACAGCGAUAUCGACAACAACAAUUUGAGAGGAGUGCCUUCCUCAAACGCUAUCUACGACGCGUCAGCAAUUAAUCCGGUUUCGCAACAUCUUCAGAAUCCAUUUUCCCAAACAUCCAUCAGAUGUUCAUCAGAUUCCCCGAUCUAUGUCACAAACGAGUCACAAACACCCUCUUGUGCAACCCUAACUUCUAACGUUCUAAGUCACAUUUCCUCAGUAAGCUCGAAAAUCAAGUCACAAGGCUACAAAUCUUCCAAUUUGUUAUCACACAACCGGAAAAUCAUGAGUCCUGAAGACGCACCCACCACAUCCCCACUGGCUGGGGAAGAAGGUCCCUCUUCCAACCCAAACAAUGCCUCAUCAGGAGCCUCUUCCCCUUCCAACACAUUCAACCUGACAUGCAUGACGUGCCACACCCACUUCACCUCAGCCGAGCUGUACGCGAGGCACGACUGCGUUAACUCAAACUCAUCCGCCGGGGAUGUGUCAGAAUCCAGCGUCGUCCAUAACAGUUCUGGGGACCAAACAGACAUGAAUCGAUCAGGAUCUACAGGUGACGAUUCAGGCAUCAUCCAGUCUGAAUCGGAGCCCAUGAUACAGGAGAACUCCAGCGAUGUAGAGAGAUUCGACGGCAAAAUCGUUUAUAAUCCUGACGGGUCAGCGUAUAUCUUCGACUCGGAGAUGAGCGAGGAUGACGCAGUGGGGUUGGAUAUUCAGCCUCAAGAGGGGAGCAUUAUAGAUUCCCCUAAUAAUCCUUUGCCAGAGACGGUAGUUCCGUCUAUACCUCCGAUCGCCAAUGCCUUCUAUGUUACAAAGAACACACGAGCUUUUUAUAAUGCCCUUUAUGGACAAACGCUUAGUUCCUUAAUCCCUGAGAAAAAGGGGUCUGAAGUUCCUAUUGUUCACAGUUACAGGGUUAUAAGUGUUGGUGAUAAAGAUAGAGAAAGUGAGUGUAAAGAUAACUCUGAUAGCGGAGGUUCAGAUAGUGCUCUUAGUGUCAAAAGUGACAAAACUAAGCUACCUUUAUUAGAUUAUGCCCAAGUUCCUAUCAAGCCAAUAUUAAUGUGCUUUGUGUGUAAAUUGAGUUUUGGUUACGUUAGAUCUUUCAUAAGUCACGCAAUGGGUGACCACAAUAUCGUACUCUCCGAGGAAGAGAAGAACCUCCUCGCCACCAAGAACGUGUCGGCGAUUUUGCAGGUUUCUGGUCGGGAUAAAGACCCACGAAUAUCGUUCCUAGAACCUGUAACACAUCCGGGACCUUCCCUUGGUCCCGGGCAGGCCUGCUCCUCGCCUUCCGAGGCCCCCAGUGGACCGAAUCCCGACCAGCAACAGUCAAGUAACGCCGAAACGAACCAAUCCAGCCAAAACGAAGCACAGAAACAGGAGAACCCCGAAGUUAUUGAAGACGAUGUCCCUGAACCUAUGGAGACUGAAACUUCGAGUUUGUGCGUGAAGCGAGAAAUUGACCUCUUCGAGCAAGUUCCAAGAAGCAUGCAUCAUUCCCAACCCCCAAAUUUAACUCUUCCUCCUCAUCUUCAGCAAUUUCAUCCCAGUCAUCAUGGCCUCCAUCUACCACCUCCAUCAUCACCGUUCGCUACUCCCCAGCAUCCAGCUGGGAUGAGAACACCCGACAUGAGUCGAAAGUCACCCAUUUCGGCAUUAGGGAGUAAUGGAGGCCGGUCUUCACUUUCCCCCGUCACAUCCAUGUCCCCCACCAGUUUUUCUCCACUACCGUCGCCUAUAACCCAGCUGACGGGAACCAUCAUCGGUGCGUGCCCAGAGCACAUGUCAGGACGGCAACAGGGUAUCUCAUGUGACAAAUGUGACCUGAUUAUGCAGCAGUCCAGACAGCUCAGUGGUCAAAUGGCUUUCAUGCAUUCAAGAAACUCUUGCAAGACUUUGAAGUGUCCCAAGUGUAACUGGCAUUACAAGUACCAAGAAACUUUAGAAAUUCAUAUGAAGGAAAAGCAUCCUGAGAACGAAAGUACCUGCAUCUACUGCCUAACCAGUCAACCUCAUCCGCGUCUCGCUCGAGGGGAAACCUACACAUGUGGGUACAAACCUUACAGAUGCGAAGUGUGUAAUUAUUCAACAACAACCAAAGGCAACCUUUCCAUACACAUGCAGAGUGACAAGCACCUGAACAACAUGCAAGAGCUGCAGAACGGAGGCAUUCCCAAUAUGGAAAGCGGGGUGGUCACACCUCAAAGCCAGAUGAUGUCACAGGUUUCGCAGCAGAGUCCGUCUUCUAGCAGUUGUGCCCCCAAAGUGUCAACUCCCUCGUCGACUUGCAUCACACCGCCAUCGCACCAGAAACCGAAACCAAUGUGGCGGUGUGACGUGUGCAACUACGAGACGAAUGUGGCACGUAACCUGCGCAUUCACAUGACGAGCGAGAAGCACACACACAACAUGAUGGUUCUGCAGCAGAAUGUGAAGCACAUGCAGCAACUCAGCGCCAUGCCAGACCCUAUGGCACUCCUGCAGAUGUCUCAAGGAGGCAUGUUGCAUGAGAAGCCACCACCUCCCCCACCAGAAGUUGCCAUGGCUGAUCUUGCCUACAACCAAGCACUUCUUAUUCAGAUGAUUUCUGGUGGUGGGCAAAUGGGAGCAGGUCUUGGAAGUAAUCCCCUCGCCGGGCUAGCGAACCAAGAACACAUGGGUCCUCACUUUGAUCUGGGUAUCAACCCGGAAGCUUUAGAACCCCCACCCGAACCAGUUCCACCGAACCCCCGUGCUGUCUAUACCUGCUGCGUGUGCUCUAACUUCAACACGGAUUCUUUGGAGCAAUUGAACAUCCAUUUGCAGUUCGACAGAUCCAAACUGAACGAGAACGAAGUCCUUCUUAUCGUCGCAGGAAACUACAUCUGUAAACUGUGCUCAUACAAGACGAACCUCAAGGCCAACUUCCAGCUGCAUUGCAAGACGGACAAGCACCUGCAGAAACUCCAGUACGUCAACCACAUCCUGGAAGGUGGACCACGCAACGAGUGGAAGUUGAAGUACCUGGCGAACACAAACCCGCUACACGUGAGGUGCAACUUGUGUGAGUUCUACACCAACAGCGUGCACAAACUGCAGCUACACUCUGCACACCAACGACAUGAGGUGCUAGCCAUGUUGUUCAAGCACCUUAGUUCACCUGACCAUCCCGUGCCCCUUGACAGACGGCAAUUCAGGUGCUGUCUUUGCAACUUCAGCACCAAGGCGCGUCUGGAGCUGCUCCACCACAUCAGGUCGGUGCGCCAUCUGCAGAUGGAGCAACUCCACCAGCUGCAGAGGCAUGCAGAGGGCAAGAGUGGAACACAUCAGGACAUCGGUGACAUCUUCAGAGUGGAAGAGGAGGAAGAUCUGUCCACUUCUCGGGAGGACCUGAAGGGAGAGUGCGGUGUGCACUCCUGCCCCUACUGCCUCUUCACCACCACCGAGGGCGAGGACAGACUCCAGGUGCACUUGGACCUGGAGCAUCCGGACCGGAGGGGCAAGUCCGACGUCUGCAAGGAGAUGCUGCUCGCUCCAUGGAGGACCGCAAAGACCGAAAUCUUCAAAGAGUCCAGCGGCGAAGACCUCUUCGGCAGGAGGAGACGAGAAGACGAGGGUAUGUCGUGCCCUUUGUGCGAGGAGUCGUGCCACGACAUGCCCACCCUCGAGAAACACGCCAUUGAGGUCCAUUCGGUCAACUCGGACGGCCUUCAGCGCCUGCUGCUGCUAGUACGGCUUAGCAACGCGGCCAAGAGGGAAGCCAACAGCAACUACAACAACAGUGCAAAUGAUACUGGGGGGUCAAAUGAUACCGACGAAGGAACGUCUUUCGGGGUGCGGGGGAUAGUUUCACCUGGGCAAACGUCCUCCGAGAUCGAAAAGGAUAUCAAAGAAGAGAAUCGGCAUAGCCAAGAUGGUGGUGGUGGUGUUGCAAGUGGUGGUGAUCGAGCAGACCGCUCCCGUGAGGUAACCCCGGCACCCCAAGUCACCCCUGGUCGUCGAACUCCAACUCCUGGUCGACGAACACCAAGUACACCAACACCUGGAGCCUCAACGACUCCUGGGGUGACUUCCCCGUUAUCAGGAGUGGAUUUAUCGACGACGAACUCCAUGGGUGGAGGUGGCCCCAUCAAUCCCCAAAUGGCUGAAAUGGCUGCAGCCAUCAACGCAAUAACGGCUGCUCAAAUGCAACACCAAAUGCCAUUCAACCCAAUGAUGCUGGCAGGGCUGGGGCUCGCUGGGCUACCCCUACAUCUCAACCCUCUCGCUGCCAUGAAUCUACAGCCCCCUCUGGCUCCUGGUCUGUCGCACCCUAUGUUCGACCAUGUAGCUUUGGCCAACAUGGCUGCCAAUCAAAACUCGGGAAAUUCUGCUCAUCAGAAUGAGUUUUUCAUGAAGCAGCAGCAACAACAGAUGAUUCAGCAGCAACAACAGCAGCAACAGCAAGCAGCAGCAGCUGCGGCUGCAGCUGCUGCUGCCGCAGCAGCCCAGCAGAAGCGAGGGAGAACUCGAAUCACCGAUGACCAGCUCAAGAUAUUACGUGCCCACUUUGACAUUAACAACUCGCCUUCCGAAGAACAAAUAGCCGACAUGGCAGGCCAGAGUGGUCUUCCGCCAAAAGUCAUAAAGCAUUGGUUUCGAAACACAUUAUUUAAAGAACGACAGCGCUGCAAAGACUCCCCUUAUAACUUCAACAUACCACCUUCCACUACACUGAACUUGGAAGAGUAUGAAAAAACCGGCGAAACUAAAGUUCUACCUUUAAAUCCGGACGAAGCGAGAGAAAUUGUUGAGAUAAAUCGGUCGAGAGACGUGGACGAUCGACCAAGUGAUCGAAAUAAGGAAUCUACACGAGAAAACCUGAACAAUUCUUCUCCGCACAUAAAAACCUCAACAGGAAACAUUGAUGCUCAACGUCUCAUCGAAAAGAUGGAAGAAAGUUCUUCGAUUUCAUCUCGAAUCAUCCCAUCGAGUGGUAUUGGCAGUGACCUUUCGUGUGAGAUCCGAGGAAAUGGGGCAUCCUCUGCCCCCACUUCUUCUCAUGCCCAGCCCAUGCUCCCGCAGUCUCAUCCACACCUCCUUCCCCAGUCAUCUCCUCUUCCACAAUCUGGGGUGAGUGCUCCCCAUUUAGUGUCAUCUGCCUCUUGUUCCCCAGUGGGCAGUGUCUCUUCUGCCACGUUCCCCAACACUUUUCCACCCCUUUCAUCACCCCAGACAUCUAUUUCUUUAUCCUCUUUCAUUUCAAGUCAGCUAGAGAACAAUUCGAUGAUGGCCCAUAAAAUACCAAGCACUCCACCCCAAGGGGUGAACACAAACAUACCUCACCCCAGCGCAGGGCUUAGCCCGACACCGUCUAACCUGUCAUAUCCAACCACUCCACCCGGUAACAGUUCGUCAGGCAAACGCGCAAACCGCACCCGCUUCACGGACUAUCAGAUUAAAGUGCUUCAAGAGUUCUUUGAGAACAAUGCUUACCCAAAAGACGAUGAUCUUGAAUAUUUGAGUAAACUGUUGAAUUUAUCACCGAGGGUAAUAGUUGUUUGGUUUCAAAAUGCACGGCAAAAAGCCCGCAAAGUUUAUGAAAAUCAACCGCCCAUUGAUCCUAUGGAGGAAAAUGCAGGACGAUUUACUCGUACCCCCGGUCUCAAUUACCAAUGCAAAAAAUGUCUUCUUGUUUUCCAGCGGUACUACGAGUUGAUCCGUCACCAAAAGACUCACUGUUUCAAGGAAGAAGACGCUAAGCGGUCCGCCCAGGCACAGGCAGCGGCCGCUCAAGCCGCCGCCUUGUACCAUGAUGAUAAUUCGAGCCACUCGAGUAUUGCCGAUAACUCCUCUCAGUCUCGCGAAAUGGACAAUUCAAAGGCCCUUGAAGACUCUUUCCAGUGCGACAAAUGUAGUUUAUCUUUUAGCCGUUUCGAACAAUGGCGCGAACAUCAGAUCGUACACCUUAUGAACCCCGCUCUUUUCUUGAACAAAGGGUCGGAAUCCCCAUUUCCUCCUUUACAACAAAUUUCCCAACACUCACCACAACCUUCUACUUCUCUACCACAAUCUACACCACCCCCUCCUCCACCUCUGCAGCAACAGCAGCAGCCACCACCACAAACAUUGAGUCAGUUUCAGCAACAUCAGCAACAACACCAGCAGCAACUGCCUAGUCCACUUCUGCCUCCUGCAUCACCAAUGAAACGCAAAGCAGAAGAAAGUGAAGACGAACAAAGUGUCGGAGGGGAGCAACAGAGGGACAAGCGUCUUCGUACUACCAUUCUUCCCGAACAGCUUGAUUACCUCUACCAAAAAUAUCAAAUGGAGGCCAACCCAUCAAGAAAAAUGCUCGAGACCAUCGCUCAUGAGGUGGGUCUGAAAAAGCGCGUUGUGCAAGUCUGGUUUCAGAAUACGCGUGCUAGAGAAAGAAAGGGGCAAUUUCGUGCGCAUGCCCAAGUGAUAAACAAGAAAUGUCCUUUCUGUCCUGCCAUAUUUAAAGUUAAAUCUGCUCUUGAGUCACAUUUAUCUACUAAACAUUCGGAUCAGUUUUCCAGUGGUGAUAUAAACAUUGAUGCUCUUCCUGACUUAGACGAACACUAUGGUUUUGGGAAUUUCGGUGGUAUCUCCUCUUCCAACCACUCCUCUCCUCCACCUACUGCUCCUCAAGGCAUGGCCUCCAGUCUGACGAUGAAUUCUCUGUUCUCUCCGUCAGAAAGAUCUGAAGAUACCAUAGCCAAGUACCAUGAAGAGGCUAUUCGACGUUACCUUACUGACGUCUCUAUUGCCAACAACAGUACCAACCCACAGCAGCAGCCACUUGACAACAACAAUCAAGGGAGCAGUGGGGGAGGAAUCAGGAGUCUCGUUCUCAAUGGGGGAGCCCAUGGAUUAGGAAACAUGUCGCCAUUCAAACGUGAAGGAGAAAAACCGCUGGAUUUGAGUCGACCUCUAGAACUGGCCAGAUCUCUGGGCGUUAACUUUGGAACGGUCAACAACUCAAUGCCCAGUUUUGCCGACCAACUAUGCGAGUCUAAAAUCGAAAGUUUUGCCAAAAACGCUGAUAAAAUGAGCGACAAAAUGUACGGAAUGGACACUCUACUUUCAGACGAUGAAUAUUAUCACAUGGACGUACCGGAAGGAGACGAAAACGACAUGAGUAACUCGUUUGAAAGCAAUCCUACUUCCCCGGCCUCGUCCACCACCGGGUCCACAACCAAGCAGGGUAGCAGCCUGAACACAUCUGCAAAGCGGUUCCGUACACAGAUGAGUAGUACACAAGUCAAGCUCAUGAAAUCCGUAUUUCUGGAGUACAAGACACCUACCAUGUCAGAAUGUGAGAUGUUCGGUCGGGAAAUCCAACUACCGAAACGUGUGAUACAAGUUUGGUUCCAAAACGCGCGGGCCAAAGAGAAGAAAGCCAAACUUGCGCUCAUGAAGAUCAUCGGUCAGGAACCAGAGCCACCAAAACCACCUACUGAGUGCAAAGUGUGUGGAUUUGAGUACAGUAAUAAAUACUCUAUUCAAGAUCACCUCUUUACGCGAGCCCACAUCGACAACAUGAGGGCCUUCAUCGAGAAGCAAAAAGAAGAAAAUGACCAGCACGGAGCGUCUGCAAAUUACCCCGGUCUGAACCCCGGGCAAAUGUCGCACGCUGGGAUUAGCCUGUCUAAUUUCGGCGCAGGAGGAGGAGUUAAUUCGGAGAUGCCGGCCAAUUAUCCGCAAUUUGGCAACCAAUUCCACCCUAACCCGUUACAGUUGCACAUGGCUCAACUUAUGGCAUUAAAUGCUCAGUCUAGUGGAUCAGAAUCAGCGAGUGUGAGGACUGCCUAUGAAAAUUCAGUCAACGGCGACGUUACGGAUAUCGAGAAAAAUCAGCAGCAGAAACAAACGGUUCGUUCGUCGAUGGAUAACAGUGCUGGUGACAGUGUGAUGAAUGAUAGUGCAAGUAGGGCAGUGAGGAGCAUCAAGAGUGAGACAAGUCCCGGUGAUCGUGCAGCACCGCAAGGCUCCGGCGUGCACAGUGAACAAAGUCAAUUGAAAAUCAGUGAAGCUUUGCUACAGAAUUACAACAGAAGCACAGCUGUUGCUUCGAGCAGCGCACCGCCUGUUACAACGAACAGCAUGUCUGAAGUGAACAGACUGCAGCUCCUACAACAGGUCUACCAACAGAUGGGACUUCACAGCACCGGUAAAGCUGACGUUGAUGGUUCAGCUGCAAAUGGUAAUAACGCUCCAGGAAAUGCUAAUAAUAACAACAAUCAGACUAAUUUACUGCAAUCGCCGAUGAUUGAAGGGUAACCGCUUCAAAUGACAGCCCCCAAAUUGCCCAGUUGAAGGGAAGUUGCUCAGGGCUUUACAAGCUACGAAUAAAAUAGAAUGCGUACGAGAAUUUGAACGUCUCGCGCGAUCUUAUCAAUGAUCGAACAUUGGAAAUUAGAGUGUGUUACGUUCCUCACGUCGAUAUUCCUUGACUCGAAAUAUGUGCUUCAAUUUUGUGAAUAUUGUGUAAUGAAAUUAGAGGUGCAACUUCUGUACAAUUUGUGCCACAUAUGUACAAUUUGUGCAGAGUGUAUGACACGCCGAUGUGUUCUGUCACAAACCUCAAGUUUGUGGAAACUUUUUACACACCCACAUAAAUAUUUUAAUUUUACAUUUAAAUUUAAUUUGUUUAAAAGAAUUUUAUAUUUGACAUGACAAACUAUAAAAUGUUUCUACAUGUGCAUGCUGUUCUGUGAUGAUGAAAAAAAAGGUGGUGAUUACACGAUGGAAUUAAUGAGUGAUGAUUGCAUGAUAAAAACUAUGUGUGAUGCUAAGGUGCUGAUUACACGAUGAAAAUUGUGGGCGAUGCAAAUCAGUGUUUUUCAAGCGAAUUCAGAAGUACUGAGUUACUAGUUUUUCUUAGUUUCCAUGUUAGGUGUUGGGUCGUGCAGACGCUUCGUGCAGACCCAGUUUAUUUUUAUUAUUUUAUUUUUUAUUUUUAUUUUAUUUUUUUUAAUAUCCAUGACCUUUUAUCCAUGCCGAGAAAUUAUAUGGAUUCGAAGAGAUUGAAAUUAUAGUUGAAUUUGAGGUGUAAAAACUACCUGGAUAUAAAUAGUGGGGAAAAAAUCUUGCUAUGAAUUAGAUUGUUUAAGGAAUACGAGCUUUAAUAAUUCGGCGGUCGUCUUUUGAAAUCUAACCAAAAAUUCUAAACUUGAUCCAAAAGAAAUUUGUGUGAAAUUUUAUACGAAACUGUUAUUUGUUCCUGGAAAAUAAUGGGAGAUAAAAUAGGCUAUGCAUUAUUUAAUGUUAUUUAAUUCUUAAGAACGAAAAAUGAUUAUUUUUGAAAUGGUUAGCCAUUUAUUCCCUGUUGCUCAUUGUUUUAUUUAAUUUAUUGAUCUAUUUAUACUUUUUUGUGCCUGCUG